AUGAACUAAUUUGCCAAUUACUUAGAAUAUUACACUCAAAGAGACGUCCCAUUUAGCUAGAGAUCUCCGAAAGCCAAAGAAAUAAAAAAGGAAUGGACUUUCAGUCCUCAAUUUAGUCCUCAUAGAUCUAGAUACAACAUGAAUGAAAUUUAAUAGGAUAAUGAACCUUACAAUUAAAGGUUAGCUUAGAAUAGCAAAGUGAAAUGGAGGAAUAAGAUUGAAGAUAAGGAAAAUUUAAUAAAUCGAUAGAAUGUAGUGUUAAACUAGUAGAUGAAAAAGUGUUAAAAAUUAAUGAGUCCUCGAAAAGAAAAGAAGAAUUCAAUAGAUAGUUCGUAUUUAUUGCCAAUAGAUCAAAUCUUAACUAUUAGUAUACAGUCAUCAACCGAUGAGAAUAUAGUGUAGAUAGAUUCUGUGAAGAAAUAGUGUGAUACUUCAUUGAACAAAAUCUAGGUUCAGGAAUUCGAAAAUGAUUCUUAUUUCAAUGAUAGUGUGCUUAAAUCCUUUAAAAAGAUUAAGAUUUAAGAUGACAAUCCAAGAGACUACGCUAAACAACUAAAAUUAGAGGAUGAUUUCGAAUAAAUUAAUAGUUUUAGAUAGCAUAUACAAACUCCAAGAUAAUAAUAGAUGAAGAACAUAAGUUUUGUAAUGUAUAAGAAAUAAGUGGAGGGAAGAUUUUGA